UGCUGCAUAUGUAAUCACUUUCGUUCAUUCCGUCGCUCGUCGCUUUCGGACUUCAGCCUUCCUGCAAUCCUAAGCUUCUGCAAACCCUCCAUAUCACUUCGCCGGGUUCCUCGUUACUUCUAUCAAAAUGGUUCUUCAUCUAGAGAAACCUGCCCCUAUCUUCAAAGGCACUGCUGUUGUCAGUGGGCAGUUCAAAGAAAUUUCUCUCGAUCAGUUCAAAGAAAAAUAUGUUGUGCUCUUUUUCUACCCUUUGGAUUUCACUUUUGUUUGUCCAACUGAAAUAAUCGCCUUCUCCGACCGUAUUGAUGAAUUUCGUAAAAUCGGAUGUGAAGUUGUUGCAGCCUCAACUGACAGUCAUUUCAGUCAUCUGGCCUGGGUAAACACUCCGCGGAAGCAAGGAGGAUUGGGAGAAAUGAGUAUUCCACUUUUGGCUGACAAGUCUGGGAAAAUUGCACGUGAAUAUGGCGUCCUUAACGAAGAAACUGGAAUCCCUUACCGAGGAUUAUUCAUCAUUGACGGGAAAGGAAACUUACGUCAAAUUACCAUCAAUGAUUUGCCCGUUGGUCGCUCAGUUGAUGAAACCCUCCGUCUUGUCCAGGCUUUCCAGUAUACAGACAUUCAUGGAGAAGUUUGCCCUGCUGGAUGGAAACCUGGCUCAAAGACCAUGAAACCAGACCCAAAAGGAUCUCAAGAAUACUUCAAAAGUGUUUCUUAAAUAACACCUUUAUUACAAUCUUUGGGUUGGCCAACCGUUAUUGUUGUUAAUUGAUAUCCUAUACUUGCACUUUUCCUGGUGGAAUCUUCUGAUCCUCACUAUUUCCAUUUUUUUAUACUUAAGGAAGAUUGUGGCCCUCUGAGUUUAAUCUACAAUAUUUUCCCGUUUUAUUUUCUUACUCUGUCAUUUUCUAUUGAAAUCAACUCUAACAAUAAAAUAAUUAUUUUCUCCUUCUGAA